AUGGUCUCUACGUCUAUAGGUGAUAUACAUGGUCAAUAUUAUGAUUUGUUAAGGUUAUUUGAGUAUGGUGGGUUUCCGCCGGAAGCAAAUUACCUUUUUCUUGGGGACUACGUAGACAGAGGAAAACAAUCACUGGAAACGAUCUGUCUCUUGUUGGCGUACAAGAUAAAAUAUCCCGAAAAUUUUUUUAUUCUGCGUGGAAAUCAUGAAUGCGCAAGUAUUAACCGUAUUUAUGGAUUCUACGAUGAAUGCAAACGAAGGUAUAACAUCAAGUUGUGGAAAACCUUCACGGAUUGUUUCAAUUGUUUACCUAUCGCCGCAAUCAUUGACGAGAAGAUUUUUACCAUGCACGGAGGUUUAUCACCCGAUCUUCAGAGUAUGGAACAAAUUCGAAGAGUUAUGCGACCAACUGACGUACCAGACACCGGCCUGUUAUGUGAUUUGCUGUGGUCCGAUCCUGACAAGGACAUCACUGGUUGGAGUGAAAACGAUCGUGGUGUGUCUUUCACGUUUGGUCCCGACGUUGUCAGUCGAUUUUUGCAGAAGCACGAUAUGGAUUUGAUAUGUCGAGCGCAUCAAGUAGUAGAAGAUGGUUAUGAAUUCUUUGCCAAAAGGCAGCUUGUCACCUUGUUCUCGGCACCAAACUAUUGUGGUGAAUUUGAUAAUGCUGGCGCGAUGAUGAGCGUGGACGAAACUCUCAUGUGCUCAUUCCAGAUUCUCAAGCCUGCCGAAAAGAAGAAAUAUAAUUAUGCAGGACGACCAGUGACCCCUCCACGUAAUCAUACCCAAUCACGAGCCACACAGGUGAACAAUAGUAAAAAGAAGAAGGAAAUGGCCAAGGUUACAUAA